UCGCAAGGGCGAUGUGCAAGAAGUUGUCGUCCCUUGCUCGUAGCUCGGGAGACAAUAGAAAAAAAUAUUGUUCUUAUGAAAACGUGUUCGAUCAACUCCUCAAGUGGAGUGCUGGCCGCGUCGAUGACCUUAUGGCGACGUACGGGCCGAGCGAGCAGUCGUCUGGCCGAGGAGGUUCUUGCGGGGGGGGGGUCGGCGUCGACUGGCACUCCGCGGUCACGAGGUGGUCGACCUCGAAGUAAUGCUUUGAGAUGGCGCGACGGCAAAGACGGAUUUGCAGACAAUGKUCCAAUGUUUGAAAGGUUGACGGUGAGGGACCACAUGGCCRUGUGGGAUGCACCUGCGAGACCUGAUGUCGUGUUUCUUGAACYKGUGAAACUUUUGCAGAUUCUCGGCAUGUUCRAGAAAACGUGUCCUCGACACGGGAAAGAGGUGGAGGYGACGRUAGAGAAGAUAUCCUAUCCUUGUCACAUUUGCAAGUUGCAAUUCGUGUGCGGGAAAGGGUGCACUUGGCACUGGAAUUCCGCGAAGGUUGUCAAAGGUGGUGUGAGAGAUUCGAGGAUGGAGACACAGUUGUUCCACUCCACUGUGGCUGCGGGGAUGACGCACACCCAACUGAACAACCUAUUGAUGGGCCUCGGAAUGAAGAAGGUCAGCAAAGAAACAUUCUACAUUUUUUUCCGUGAUGAAGGCAAAGGUUCGAGACAGUGGUUGCGACACGUGGAACGAGUUACACAAAGGAGCUUCAACAAGGUCGUCGCACGUUUGCGCAGAUCUAACGCUCCGGUUGUCGUAUUGGUCGACGACCGUUACGACUCGUCCCGUGAUGCGCAACAUUGUACGGUGACGGCGCUGGACUUGAAGUCUGGGAUGAUCGUGGGUACGGAGACGAUGUUGAGGGGGGGCGAGUCGUCGUGGAGGCUGGAAACGCAGUGCGUGGAGAAACUCCUUCAUCGAUUGAAGGACGAACACAACCUCAUAAUCGCUGAGGUUGUGCAUGAAGACUGUGGUGCGGUUGACGUCAUCCUGCGACGAAUGAACAUGGACUCGCAGAAGUGUAUGUGGCACAAAGCCAAGACUUUGGUGAAACACUUGCGAGAGGCAGUGCGUGCCACUAAGACUGUCAAGCCAUCUAUGGUGGGCGCUUGCGAGCACGUUCGCGAGGUGAGGUGUUUCACAAAGAAGGAGCUGGAAGUGUGGCUCGAGACGAAGGGUGUGCGCGUGCCUGGGGCUGCCAUGAAAAAGAAGGACGAGCUUGUGGAGAUAGUGUGGGGUGUGUUGUUUCCCAACGAAGCAGGGAAGCCGUUGGAAGAUGAUGUUGUCGAGAUCGACGCGUUGGAGGGCUUGCAUUGCAAUGCGGCGGAGGAGGCGAAGGAAUGGUUGUACGGUGCUUGCCGGAUGCGAGAACGGGCGCGGGAUGACGACGGCGAUGUGUUGGCCUCACAUGUGCAACACCUGGCCGAUCACUGGGCUGGGGAUCACUCGAUGUGCGGCAAGGAGUUGUCGAACCUGUGCAAGGCGGCCGGCGGUUCAGUUAGAGAGCCAUUGUACGAGGCUGGGGGUCGGGUUCAUGCAGCCGUUUCACGAUGUUUGCAGCAGUUCACUUCGAACACGAAGAUGGCAUACUACACACGUGCGAGAAUGACGUUCAACAACGAAUGCUUCCACUCUGUGAUCAACAAGUAUUGCACAAAACGAUUGAACUUCCCAAAGUCGUAUGACGCGCGGAUUUAUUGCACGGCACUGGAAUGGAACAAGAACAAACGAAUCAGGCUAUCACACACUACUUUCCGCAAACCCACGAACGUCACCCAUCGACGACGCUCCGCAAGACGUCACGUUUACCCCGGUCGCGACACGUCGUGGCGAUUCGAUAUUGCAACUGCAGUUUUUGGGAGUCCUUGGGUCGGUGACUGGGCCUGUAACAUGUUGCAUCAAUCGGACGUCGACGACCCGGUUGUUGAGCAUGUUGAUGUUGAUGCUGAUUUCGGACUUCCGGUUGCUGGUGAGAGCAUAGCCCAGGGUGACGAAGGUCAAGGUGCCGACAUUUUGUUCGAGUCUACGAGCGAUGAUGACUCGGAUGAUGAGAAGUCAUCAUCGGAUUCCGAAUGCGAAGGUGCCGCUCAGCGCCUCGACUUUGACGGCGUCGUGCUAUCGCAGGAGAUGUCUGUUGUGAGGGGUUGAUAGCGGGCGAUGGUCUGUCGUGCGGGAGUGAGAGCGGCAUUUGGUCGGGGAGUGACGUUGUAGUCAGGUAAAUAUGCAGAGUCAUUGUACAUAAUUUAUUUCAGGAGUUGCAUUUUCCGAG